UUUAUCAAAAAUGGCGGCCAUUUCAGAUAUAACAGGAUUGUCUAUGUCUGUGAAGAGGUUAAUGAAGAGACGAAGAUACAGAAGGUUUGAUAAGUUUAAUGGAGAAAGAAGGCGAUUGAGAUCAAUACAGCUGGGUGGGAGCAAAGGAAGGAUUGUUUGGAGGCUCAAAUUUGUGCCAAAGCUGAAGCUGAGAUAUAUUAAAUCUGUAGAAAAGUUUUCUGCAAAGUCAUGGCUUGCCAAAGUGAGAGAUUCAUAUGUGAAUAUGAUGUUCAAUCUUGCUCAAAUGAGAAUUAAACAGACCCCCAAAAAGAUGCGUGUUGAAGAUUUCAACAAUAAGAUGAUUACUGAGAUUUACAAGUCUAUGGGAGUACAGGUUGAGGUGUUGCCAGAUACUAGACGAAUUAUGAUAUAAGUGCUUUGAGUAUGUAGAUAUGGGAGGUUUAUGCCCCCUCUGCACAUUCUUUUGCUAUUCACUUAUGGGAGGUUUCUUAUACUUGUAAUGAAACUUUGAAGGGUUCAGAAUGGGUGAAUGUGUAUGAUGAAGCUUCCCUUAUCAGGAUAAGACAAGGAUGGUUUUAAUGUUCAGUAUGUAUAAUAAGUAAGAUCCAAAUCCAUUAGAAGAUGCUUGUAUUUUGUGAAACUUACUAAUCUCACUGGAGGUUUUA